AUGAGCCCGUGUGCAGUACCUGCAUUGCUUGCGCCCAAAAAAGAUGGGACUUGGCGUAUGUGCAUCGACAGUCGGGCAAUAAAUAAGAUCACGGUGAAGUACAGAUUUCCAAUUCAUCGUCUCGAUGAUAUGUUGGAUCACUUGUUGGGAGCAAAAAUAUUUUCCAAAAUAGACUUAAGGAGUGGAUACCACCAAAUACGAAUGAGGCCCGGUGACGAAUGGAAGACAGCCUUUAAAACUCAGGAUGGCUUAUUUGAAUGGUUGGUGAUGCCAUUCGGAUUGACAAAUGCUCCUAGCACAUUUAUGAGACUCAUGAACCAGGUAUUUCAUCCUUUUAUUGGAAAGUUUGUAGUUGUUUACUUUGACGAUAUUCUGGUUUAUAGUCAUAAUGCUGUUCAACACAUGGAGCACUUGAGACAAAUCUUUGAAGUUUUACGGGAGCAGCAACUCUUUGCCAAUUUGAAGAAGUGUGAAUUUUUGACAGAUAGCUUAAUUUUUCUUGGACAAUGGAGGCAAUAUCUGAUUUACAAGGAAUUUGUCCUUUACUAUGAUCAUGAAGCAUUGAGAUUUAUCAAUGGGCAACACAAACUGAAUCGGAGACAUGCCAGAUGGGUGGAAGAAUUGCAGGAGUACAAUUUUGUGAUUAAACACAAGGCUGGAAUCCACAAUAAAGUAGCAGAUGCUUUAAGUCGCAAGGUGGCCUUAUUAUCUGUCAUGCAAAUUAGAGUGGAGGGCUUUGAGCAAUUGCAGGAGUUAUAUAAAGGAGACAAAGAAUUUGGUGAAAUCUGGUCCGAAUGUGUGCACAAUAAUUCAGUACAAGAUUACCAUAUUCAAGAUGGAUAUUUAUUCAAGGGGAGCAAAUUAUGCAUUCCUGAUUGUUCUUUACGGUUAUGGAUAAUUGAGGAGCAACAUGGGGGAGGCCUUGGAGGACACUUUGGGCGAGACAAAACAAUUGAUCUUGUUGAGAACAAAUUUCAUUGGCCCAAGUUGCGAAGAGAUGUGGAGAGAUACGUACAAAGAUGUAGGACUUGCCACGUGGCCAAGAGUCGUAGUCAGAACACGGGGCUUUAUACUCCUUUGCCAGAGCCACGGGCACCGUGGGAAGACAUUAGCAUGGAUUUCGUUGUUGGCCUUCCAAAGACAAAACAAGGAUUUGAUUCAGUCAUGGUAGUUGUUGAUCGCUUUUCGAAGAUGGCCCAUUUCGUUCCUUGUAAAACAACCAUGGAUGCUAGCAAUAUUGCCCAUAUUUAUUUUCAGGAGAUUGUCAAAUUGCAUGGGAUCCCACUACAAUUACAUCAGAUAGAGACACCAAGUUUGUGGGACAUUUUUGGAGGACUUUGUGGUGUAAGAUGGGGACCCGGCUCCAAUUUAGCAGUGCACAUCAUCCCCAAACGGAUGGUCAGACAGAGGUUGUCAAUAGGACCCUUGGUAACUUAUUGA